CCCUAUAAAAACGGUUGGAUUUCGCGUACGUUACCAGUCUUACAUCAGGGAUCACGCUAUGAUGAAAGCCCUUACUGUAUUUUUGCUGUGCCUAGCGGCCGCAUGUGCGGUGCCAGUGCACUUCCCUAUUGAGAAAACGGUAAUUUACAAUUACUAUGCCGACGUAAAAGCCGGGAUUAUCGAACCAGCGCAGUACAUCUCCCAGUUUGCUCUCAAUGGACAACUUCACAUAAAAAAGGAUGUCAGUGAUCCGACUUUAAAUAAUGCCUAUUACGUCAAACUAAACAACGUAAAAUAUGGCAUGUACAACGGCAUGGUUGUACAUCAUCAACCGAUCGAAGUACUUCAUGAACUCGGAGAUGCCGCACAGCAAAUUCAAGAACCAUUCGUGAUCGUUUACGACGAACGUGGCACGUUUCAAGGAAUCAAAACUGGAACAACCGAGAGCGGUUGGUCCAAGAACAUCAAACAAGGUAUCGCCUCGAUGUUGCAACUGGAUCUGGCUCACAUACAGAUGCAAACUCCAAUGAAGCCUCACAGUUUCGUUACACACGAGAACACCAUCCAUGGUACCUGUCAAGUCGCCUAUGACGUUCAUCCGAAAACUCCGGUGAAUUCCAAUGAGAACACCAAUGUCUUCGUGGUCACGAAAGUGCACGAUUUGAAGAAUUGCAGCCACUUUGUUCAGCGUGUUUUUGAUCAUGUCGAAUGCGAGAAAUGUCAUGUGGAGUCUGUGGACGAUAUAACUACUUCUGCCAGAAGAGUUUUCGAGAUCAAACAGCAGAACAAUAAUAUUCUCAUCGAACGUCUAAUUGCUGACUCUGUAAUCAACUAUUUCCCUUACAAUGGCCGAUCUGAAGCUCACUAUCUCUUGACCAACACUACUUUGGAUUUGCAUUCUGUGGUACCAAUGACGGAAGUUCCUGUAUUAGCCGUGAAUGUUCAGAACGUGCCUAUCAUUCGCGACAUCACUUUUAACAAACCGUUGGGAAAUUAUGCUCUCCAUGCUGCUGAAGAUCUCACUCAUGGCCGACAUAUUGUUAAAUUGGACGCGCUUAUGCCUAAACUUAAAAAGAUGUUAGCUGAAGCCGCUGAUUAUCUCGACGAAAAUCAUUUGGAUGCCAAGGAACCUGAUUGGAAACACGGACAAACUAUCAACAGACUGCAACACACUAUGAGUUACAUGGAUUUGGGUUCAUUGGAACAAGUUUAUAACGCUCUUCAAGAUACGAAAAUACCUAAGGAAAUUACGAUGAAGAACAUCUUCCUGCGAAUGAUUCCAACUGUGGGCACAACCGCUGCCUGCCACUUCACACGAAAUGUUAUUCGUAAGCACAAAGUAAGUGACGCAACUGCCAUUGCAAUGUUGGUGAAAUUGCCGAUGCAUGUCAAAGUACCGUCCGAAAGAUUGCUCCUGGAAAUGGAAGACUUGUUGAAAUUCGAUAACACCGUGUCACCGCAAGUCAGAAAAACCAGUAUCUUCUGCUUCUCUAUUUUGAUUCGCAAGGUGUUCAUACAUCAGCAAAUUGACGUUUUCAAUAUCAAGAGAUAUCCUCUUCUCGAGAGAUAUCUUCACCGUUUCUUCGAUCAUGUCAAGAACGAGCAAUCGUACGAGAUGAAAAUAGUGUAUCUGAUGGCAAUAAGGAACGUACAAGUGGGCAACAUCGAAAAACUUUUGGAGCCGAUUAUUCGUGGAGAUGUUACAAUAUCCGAGAAUCCGCAUCAUAUUCGCGUUCAAGCAAUCUGGGCUAUCAAGAAGGCAGUUGCUAAUAAAGUCGAAUACACUCACAAUCUGCUCUGGCCUAUUUUCGCUGAUGUCACUCAACCAUUACCCAUCAGGAUUGUCGCCUAUGAUGUCUUGAUGAGUCAGAUGCCGAAUAUGCAACGUCUCAUGAAUAUCCACUGGCUCAUGGUCUACGAACCGAACAAUCAUCUGUACAAUUAUCAUAUUACUACUCUGAAAGGUCUCGCUAAUUCCGUGGAUCCUUGUCUCGCGCCAAUUCGCGAAAUGGCCACAAAAGUUUUACGGUUCACAAAAAUCAGACCCGUUACCUCUCAGCUCGCGUCUAAGCAAUUUAUUGACUACACGGAUCCUAUAUAUGAGCACGGUGAAUCUUGGAAUACCGCCUGGGUUCUCGACGAAACGACCGGUACACCACACGCUGGAUUCGUCGAAUAUCAUGUCUCGGUCGCUCGUAAACCCGUUGAAAAAAUUGGCAUCUACUGGAGCGCCUACGGCAUGGACGAGAUCAUGAAGGUGAUCAAGAAGGAAUUAGUCGGCACCACAGUAGAGAAUCUCAAUAACAAGAACGUACAGAAUAUCUUGAUUCUCGCUGCUCAGGACAUGCCGGUGAAGAGACCUAUCCACGUCGACAUCUGUAUCACGCUGAACGGUCAAGUUAUCGUUGCCAAUCACUAUGACCAGAACACCUUCAAGAACGUAUUUGACGAUACGUUCCAACUGAAACAAACGAUGGUCGGCAAUUUCCAAGAGAUUAUGUACGACACUCUUUAUGAGAUGCAGGUGCCCACCGAUAUGGGUCUGCAGGGAGUCUUCAGUACUAAGAUGCCUCAAUUGUGGUCGCUGAAGUUCAACAACGUUCGUACCGAGGUUAAGAAACCAUCCGUGAACAUGAAUCUCAACGUUGACGCUCGUAUAUGGAGGCAUGGCGAAUAUGUUAUGUCAAUCUACAAUCCCAUCGUCGACGUUUGGCACUCGAUUCGCCGUGCCACUGUCCAAGAUGUUGCCUUGCCCGUAGAAAUGAGCGUCGGUUACAAUCACGAGGCGAAGAGCCUCAAGAUUACCAUGCCGAGAUUACCAGUCACCAAAGUAUCGAACACUGGAAUACGAUCCUACGCGAAGAAUCUGGUGACCAUCACCGAGGACGAGCAGGAUAUUCUUAAGACCUGCUGCGCUACUUGUCAUCAUCACACGGUCGUCACCACCGGCGAGAAGAAAAAUCAUCACGUCGUCGUAGAUUCUAAAGAUAUGGGUCUUAAAUACACCAUGUCGGUCUUUGAUUGCGAAAACCGGAUCACUCCAGUGACCGAUGCUCAGGAAUGGCAGCGUAUGCUCUCCGCGGAACAUAAAAAUACUUGGAAUUCGAAGCUUAUUCAAUACAUCAUGGGCAUUCGUCAAAAACUAAUCAACGAGUACAUCUCACCGGAAAUGGGUAAUUGCGGAACGCUUUUAAAGGCGGAACCUAGCAUUGUUUAUCCUACGUCACAUAUCGAUUUGAAUGUAAGAGUUAAUAUGGAAGAUGUUGAUCACGUUCACGACAAGAUUCACGCUCUUAGUAGCCACAAAAUUAACGUACGCGGUACCCUCGACGCCAAAGCAGCUUCCACAAAUGAAUCCGUACGCUCAUGGGACGUGAAUAUGAACAUUGAUAUGUCUCAGGGACACGUAAUCAAUAAUCUGAAGGUUCAAAUAACAAGACAGACGCCAGGAGAAAAGAAUUUAAAGAUCUGCGUUGAUGCCCAAAAGAAUUACCCGGUUGUCGAAACAGAUCCUUUGAAAGUCGAUACCACCAAAGAAGAGACCAACAUGAAGAUGACUGUGACAUCAGGAUUUACAGAUGACGAUAAAUGCGUUCGUGACGAUAUGAUGGUCAUAAUGACGGUCAAGGGCGAGUUGACAGAAGAACAGAAAAAGCACAUGAUGCACGACAAUGUGCAUGGUACUUGCGUUAAAGACACUCAAAACCCACAAUUCCAGAUCAAACAAGGCCACAUUGCCAAGACUAUGAAUUGUCUCCGCGAAACCAUAUACUACACGACCAUGAAAAAAUACACUAUUAAUACAACGUAUAAGAAGAUGCCUGUACAGGUAUUAUCACAUCUCGCCAGAAUCGAAGAUCACAUACGCGCGUCACAGUUGCCGCAUGUGAAAUACAUCACCGAUCGUACGGAAAACGGUAACGUGAAAAUCAUGAUUGAGUUCUCUUCCAAUCUAAGCCAUGUCAAUGCAACCGUCGUCACUCCGGUCAGCGGAUAUGAAUAUGUCCAAGUUCCUCUAAAGCAGCAACAUCUUCUCAAGGGUAUGGCCAUGAGCGAACCAGUAUCGCAACCAGAAUGGCAUUUCGGCAUGGAUAAUACUCGUUUCUCCCUGGCUUCUUUGCACAAAAUAACGCAAGGCCAGUCCAAGAUCUGUACUGUUUAUCCGCAAGUUUUGAUCACCUUGGAUGAAGGCGUGAUUCCAUUGAAUAUAUUAGAUAAAUGGACUCUUGUAUCCGGCGAUCAUAUUGACCGAACGUAUGCUAUUUUCGUAAAAUCCGUGCAAGUUAAUAAAUUAGCCGUGAAGAUGUACAUUGCUGGUCACGAAGUGGAAAUUAUACCGAACGAGCUCAAUGCCGCUGUUACCGUCGAUGGCAACGUAAUCGAUAAGUAUGAGAAAGGAAUCGUGAUACCGAAAGAUGAGCCGAACUCUUACGCGUUCAAACUCACCCAGAACAACGAGCAUCUUGUGAUUCAAUCUCAACGAGUGCCAGUGAUGGUAAUGUGGACCUCCAGCAGCGUGACCUUGAUGUUAGACACUACUUUGCAAGGUCACGUGACCGGCGUAUGCGGACAUAUGGACGGCAUCCAUAAAGAGAAACUUCCUAAAGUUUACACCGUUGCAAAUCUUUAAUUACUUUAAUUAAUCUUUAAUUAAUAAUUUGGAUCUAACAAAUAUUUCCUUAUUAGAAUACCGUUAGAAUACCGUUUCAUUUAAUCAAUAUAACUCUAGAAUAGAUUUUUGUUCAAUAACAAAAUGUAACAGCGUUGAAACAGAAAGAGAAUCAAUACACACAAUAAACUUUCAUUUUCCAUUUA